ACGUGCAUAAUCUCCUUCUACCAAAGCGAAUAGCCAAAAGCGAGAGCCCGAUCGAUCGAAACCCUACCGGAGAAUCCCGAUCCCUUCUUCUUCUUCUUCCUCCUCUUCCUCUCGUUGACGAUGGCGAAGCUCUUUUGGUUGGAGGCGGUUCUUCCGCUGGGGAUCAUCGCGGGGAUGCUGUGCGUGAUGGGGAACGCCCAAUACUACAUUCACAAAGCCGCUCAUGGACGGCCGAAGCAUGUUGGGAACGAUGUUUGGGAUGUGGCGAUGGAGAGGAGGGAUAAGAAGCUCAUGGAGGAGUACUCCUCUGCUGGAAACUAGGAUUUGAAGCAUGGAAAUGUUUAUGUUGGCAAUAAAGCUCCUUGGAGAACUCACCGAGAAGUGUAUGAGCUUUAACGUCCUCCUUUUGUUAUGUUACUUUGUGUUUUUUUUUUUUCUUCCUGCUUUUACGUGUUCGACAACUCCAAGAAUAAUACUGAUGGCAGAUUGGAUGGAUAUAUUUAACCAAGCUUUUGCUUACUCAUUGUUAAACAGUUGGUCCCUUAUGAACUACUUUUAAAGGAUCAAGUUAUUUGCUUGUUAAACACUA